CGGACGUGCAGCCAACUUUAAACCCUACCCGCCCAAACCCACACGACUCACAAGUCACAGCCAUGGCCGCCGCCGCUAAGGCAGCGGCCGUAGCCGUCUCCGCGGGGGCAGCCUUCGUGCUCUCUUCCGAGCGGGCCCACGCUGACGGUGGCAGCUCGACCUUCCGCUUCCCCGGAUUCUACUCCUCCGCCCCGGCCCCGGCCCCGCCCCCCGCCGCGCCGCCGCAUCAGCAGCCCCCACCGCCGUCAGGCGGCCAGCGCGAGGAAGCCCCGGAGGAGGCUCCGAAGGUUUCUACUCAGCACCCUCGCACGAGUGCCGCGGGCUUCGACCCCGCGCCGCUGGAGCGUGGGGUGGAGGCGAUUGACAAGCUCAAACAGUCGUCGGACCCUAAAAAGCUGUUCGAGUUUAUGAAGAAGCAGGAGGAGACGCACCAGCAGGAAAUAGCUGCGAAGAAACUCGAGUUGCAGAAGGCAGUGGCCGAGAUCGAGCUUGAGCAAAAACGAGUGGAUUUUGAAGAGAGAAAAAAACUUGAUCAACAACGAGCGAAAUUUAAGUCGCAGACAGCUCAGUAUGAGGAUGAGCUAAAGAGGAAGCGACUGCAGGCUGAACAUGAGGCGCAAAGGUUAAGAAACCAAGAGCUCGUGAAGAUGCAAGAGGAAUCUGGGAUUAGGCUAGAGCAGAUCAGGCGGGCGACUGAGGAGCAAAUCCAGGAACAACGGAGGCAGACAGAGAGGCAAAGGGCUGAUCUAGAGCAGGCGACCCUUUCAAAGAAAGCCAUGGCAGAGGCGGAGGGGAGAAUACUAGUAACAAAGCAAACUGAAGAUGUGAAGAGGCGAUUGCUUUUGGAGGAGAUAAAUGCUGACAGGGAGAAGUGGAUCCAAGUGAUAAAUACAACCUUUGAGCAUAUCGGAGGUGGUUUGCGAACGAUACUAACUGAUCAAAAUAAGCUAGUGGUAGCAGUGGGAGGUGUAACAGCACUUGCUGCAGGGAUAUACACCACAAGGGAGGGUGCAAGAGUAGUCUGGGGCUAUGUUGAUCGUAUUCUUGGUCAGCCAUCACUGAUAAGGGAGUCAUCACGGGGGAAAUAUCCCUGGUCUGGUUCCCUAUCACGUGCUACAAGUACCCUGACUAGCAAAUUGAAGAGUGGAAGCAACCUAGGGAAGGACGGGAAUGGGUUUGGUGAUGUUAUUCUAAAUCCUUCUCUCCAGAAGAGAGUGAAGCAGCUUGCUAAUGCCACAGCCAAUACGAAACUUCAUCAAGCUCCUUUCAGGAACAUGCUUUUCUAUGGGCCUCCUGGCACAGGGAAAACCAUGGCAGCACGAGAACUAGCUCGCAAUUCUGGAUUAGAUUAUGCACUAAUGACUGGUGGAGAUGUUGCACCAUUAGGAUCACAAGCAGUCACCAAGAUCCAUCAGUUGUUUGACUGGGCGAAGAAAUCUAACAGGGGUUUGCUCCUCUUCAUAGAUGAAGCAGAUGCUUUCUUGUGCGAACGAAACAAAACUUACAUGAGCGAAGCUCAAAGGAGUGCCCUGAACGCUCUCCUCUUCCGCACAGGCGACCAGUCCAAGGACAUCGUCCUUGCGCUUGCCACCAACAGGCCUGGCGAUCUCGACUCGGCCGUCGCCGACCGUAUCGACGAGGUCCUGGAAUUCCCCCUGCCCGGGGAAGACGAGCGGUUCAAGCUCCUGAAGCUAUACCUGGACAAGUACGUCAUCAGAGCCGGCGACAAGCGCGAGAAGAGCUGGCUCCGUUUCUUCCGCCGCCAGCCCCAGAAGAUCGUGGUGAAGGGCGUCACCGACGACCUGAUCCGCGAGGCGGCGGCCAAGACCCAGGGCUUCUCCGGACGAGAGAUAGCCAAGAUGAUGGCCAGCGUCCAGGCGGCUGUCUACGGGAGCAAGGACUGCGAGCUAACCCCUGGCCUGUUCCGUGAGGUCGUGGACUACAAGGUCGCUGAGCACCAGCAACGGAGAAGAUUAGCCGGUGAGGAGCCAAAGCAGGAUGCCUAGGUUGACCCUUUUUUUUUAUUCAUUCACCCCCGUUUUGCCUUCCCGGGAUAGAUAGCUUCAUCAGACAACACAGCCUAGCUACACAAUGUGCAGGCGACGCCCAACUAAAAGCUCAAUCAGACAACAGAGCCACGGCUCCCAGAGACGUCGGCACGUCGCACCAGUCAAGCAGCGCUAGGAUGUUGUGCUUAGGCAGUUAGGCGCACUCGCGGAGGGGACUGCAGGCCGUGACCUAGCACCGCUGCUGUCAGGCUCGAGCCGCAGCCCUGGCAAGUCCGUCCUCACCCUCGUGCUCUGCUGACUGAAGACAUACAGCAAAACCAAUAAGGGAACAGUAGUCUGCUGUUAAGGAAGGGAAUGUCGAACUUCAGGCAUACAGCAAGACUAGGCUGUUAGUCGGCAAGGUUUGUUGUUUGCACAACAUUAGAUUCUUCUAUUCAAGGCAGAUUGCUAAUAUGAUCAAACACUUAGCCUGCAACGCAAGAAAGAUUGCAAGU